AGUAUAACGCUGAUUGUGGGGCCAUUCACUUGGGUGCGAUGCACAAGUGAGAUAUCAGUGUCAGUACCAGUGUCGAGUGUUUUUUAAGACAACCGAUCCCGAAUAUCCCAAUUAAAAGGAUUCGAUUUUGUUGAAUACAAAAUCCAGUGGUGCGAUCAGUGCUCUUGUGCAGUUAUUUAAUUAUCUUAAGCUAAACAAACUCGAGUGCAACGCCUAAGCAGAGCAGCAUUCGGAGUCUCGAUAAUGGAAACAACAACAGCGGGAACAACACAAAGUACUAUUGGCAGCACAAUGGCUGUUAAGACAGUAGUUAGCACGUCUUCCACACCAGAUGUUGCCUUCAUCUCCUCCACACCAGCCUUCAGCCCAGAAACCUCCUCUAGUACGAGUGGCAGUCCCAGCAUAGUGGAAAAAGUGAAUGUAAAGGAUUUGAGUUCAUCGCUGCAACACUUUGGCUUCGUCGACUAUUUUGUUUUUGUUGCCAUGCUGGUGGUGUGCGCCUUUAUUGGUUUCUAUUUUGGCUUUAUCGAGAAGAAGAAGAAGAAGACUAAGGGCCAAGUGUCCAACAAUGAGAAGGAUGCUGCUGGCGCCGCUGGAAUUGAGGAGAGACGUGGCUCGGAGGCCCUCGAUUAUUUGGUUGGGGGACGCAAAAUGAAAGUUUUUCCAGUUGCACUUUCUUUGGUGGCCAGCUUUGUAUCGGGAAUUUCGCUGCUGGGCACAUCAACGGAAAUCUACGUCUACGGCACCCAGUACGCCUUCAUACUCAUCACACUGGCCAUAUCUGGAAUCAUAUCGUGGUAUAUCUUCCUUCCUGUUUUCUGUAAUCUACAACUGACAUCCACAUAUGAGUAUUUCGAGCUGCGAUUCAACAGAGUUGUCCGACUGCUGGGCUCAAUACUUUUUACAUUUGGCACGCUCAUUUGGCUGCCAAUUGUAAUCUAUGUGCCAGCAUUGGCUUUCAAUCAAGUUACUGGGAUCAAUAUACAUAUCAUUACGCCUGUUGUGUGCUUAGUGUGCAUAUUUUACACAACUGUGGGCGGCCUCAAGGCUGUGGUUUGGACAGAUGUCAUACAAACCAUCAUCAUGGUGGGUGCCAUAGUCUUCGUAAUAGUAAAGGGCACCAUAGAUGUCGGCGGCUUGGGUGUGGUUUGGCAGCGCAACUAUGACAGUGGGCGAAUGGAGUGGCCCGAGUUAUCCUUCGACCACAAGACGCGAAUUUCGCUCUUCGCCAUGCUAAUAGGCAACAUUCCGUACGGUAUGCAAAACUUUGGGGGAAACCAAGUAAUUACGCAGCGGUACCUUUCACUGCCCGGCCUAAAGGAGGUGAAACAUGCCUUCACGCUUUUCAUUACUGGCAUAACGCUGCUGAACGCCAUUUGCUUCUACAAUGGGCUACUGCUCUAUGCCACGUAUCAUGAUUGCGAUCCGCUCACCACAAAGUUGGCUAAGGCGAAGGAUCAAUUGGUGCCUCUAUUAGUCAUGGAAUUGUUGAAGGACUUUCCUGGCUUAUCAGGCCUGUUUGUGGCUGGUGUUUUUAGUGCAGCCUUGAGCUCUCUCUCCACCGGUCUGAAUUCGCUUGCUGCCGUAGUCCUCGAGGAUUACAUCAAACCUCUCCGAAAGAAAAAGCUUUCAGAGCACCAGACUGCUAUUGUUAUGCGUGCAUCCACGGUACUUAUAGGAGUUCUAAGUGUCUGCUUAGUGUUUGUUGUGGAAAGCAUGGGCACUCACGUUAUGCAGCUGUCUAUGACUAUGGCAUCGGUGGCGAUGGGUCCCCUGCUGGGUCUGUUUCUUAUAGGUCUGCUACUGCCCAGACUCAAUUCCAAGAGUGCCUUGACAGGAGCGUGCAGUUCGUUCAUUAUAAUGACGUGGGUGUGCUUAAAAGGUCAGUUGGCUUUGAGCUCUGGAGAGUUAAUCUACACCCCCAAGCCUGUGAGCACGAGUGGCUGUGAUUAUGGGUUUGAGUCGUUGUUGCAUAUGUCUCCCAAUGGCACAACACCAGAACCGGAAUCGUCUACGCCCGGCAGCCUCUCACUCGCUCAGGAAAUCUAUCACAUGUCCUUCCUGUUAUACUGCACUGUAGGAAGUGCGUUGGCUAUUGUCAUAGCCCAGCUGUCAAGUCUGGUAUUUGGACAGAACAAACCGGGGGAUAUAGACAUUGAGCUGCUGGCCCCCUGUAUUCGACGUUUCCACAAGACUCAAUAUGCAAGCGUUAACCUCGAUGAGGCGGCAGAGGCAGCCUCCAAGCCAUGAAUAUUAAUACGCAAUCUUUCAUUGUACCUGCACUCUAUUUCGGGGACUUUUUUUUGGUGCUGUGUAAUUUUAAUAAAGCUGAUCUUUAGGAUAACACCACUCACUGAUCUAGUCAUAA